AGUUCUUGCAGCCAACAGUUAGUCGAGAAAAGGAAUAUAAGUUAUUCAGAAAUUCUUAAAAAAUGAGCCAAGAGCAACCACGGAAGCCGACGGAGCAAGGUGGGCACAUAGGGCAAGAUCAAGGUCCCGUAAAAUAUGGUGAUGUUUUCAACGUCUCUGGUGACCUUGCAUCCAAGACUAUAGCCCCAGAAGAUGCUAACAUGAUGCAGAGCGCUGAAACAAUGGUGUUUGGUCAUACCCAGAAAGGUGGAGCAGCUGCUACUAUGCAGGCUGCUGCAACCCGUAAUGAGAGAGCUGGUCUUGUUGGUCACCGAGACGCCACUGACGCUGCUAGUGAACGAGGCGUUACCGUCACCGAAAGUGAUGUUCCAGGAGCUCGCAUAGUCACUGAAAGAGUUGCUGGACAGGUUGUCGGGCAAUAUGUGGAAGCCACUCCGGUGGUGGGCAUGACAGCAGGGACUGUCCAGAAUGCAAUUACAAUAGGAGAAGCACUGGAAGCGACAGCACAAACAGCCGGUAACAAGCCAGUAGACCAGAGCGACGCUGCCGCAAUUCAAGCGGCAGAAGUGAGAGCAACUGGUAGCAAUGUUAUUAUCCCAGGUGGGCUGGCAGCCACAGCUCAGUCUGCUGCAUGUCACAAUGCAGCAGCAAGACGUGAGGAGGACAAAAUUAAACUUACAGAAGUUCUAACGGUAACUAUAAAUGCUGCAACUACCAAGUUGCCAGCGGAUAAGGUGGUGACAAGGGCAGAUGCUGAAGGAGUGGUGAGUGCAGAGAUAAGGAACAACCCGAAUUUGAGCACACAUCCAGGCGGUGUUGCGGCAUCAAUGGCUGCAGCUGCUAGGCUUAAUGAGAAUACUAACGUGUGAUGUAAUCUUAGGUGGCUAGGAAUCUAUAGUUUCCUUUUGGUGUUAGAGUUUGGUAUGCUGAUGAACAUAUGUAAUGGUUUUGCUCGUCUAGAUCGAAGCCGGGUAUAGGUAAAUAUGGGGCAUGGACCGCGUGCCCUUUUUUAAGUUCAGUCGAAGAGUCCGUUAGCUAGUUUUCAAUUUAAUUACUGCUUUCUGGUAUGUGUGGAUGUGGAUUGUGUGUAGCGUGUGAUUAGUUCUAAUGAACUAUGGCCGCUUUUUGGUU